AUGGGAGACGACAACACCUCCCUGCAAACUACCUUGGAGACGCUAGCCACCUCCCUCAAGUCUCUGCAGGCCUCUGUCGAGGCUAACUUGCUGGCGAUCCAGUGCCUGCACGAGGCGCAGUUGCCGCCAUCUUCUUCCUCGUCCGGCAACAGGUUCGCCUCUGGCGAGCAUCAUCAAGACCGCCCACCUCGGUUCCAGAAGCUGGACUUUCCCAAGUAUGAUGGCAAGACGGACCCCCUCAUCUUCAUCAACAGAUGUGAGUCUUUCUUCCGUCAGCAACGCAUCGCCCCGGAGGAGCAGGUAUGGAUGGCGUCCUACAACAUGGACGACGUCGCCCUGCUCUGGUUCAUGCAGAUUCAACAGGAGGAGGGUACCCCCUCAUGGCGCCGCUUCACCGAACUCCUCAACCUCCGGUUCGGGCCACCGCUGCGAUCCAACCCCCUCGGCAAGUUGGUGGCCUGCAAGCGGACGAGCACAAUCAUCGACUACCAGGGCCGGUUCGAGGCACUACUUCCCCGCGCUGGCCAUCUCUCUGAGGCCUAG